GCGCCGGUUUCACCAUCCAUCUUUAUUUUAGCUAACGCGACUAAAUCGCUCCAUAAGCCCACUGUGUCCGCGUGUGGUGAAAACACACUACAUGCUGUGUGCACACGGGGAGUUGUCUCCAGCAGGAGCCUAAGACUUGCCCAUCUCAGCCCGUGUCCACUUUAGGAAAACGAGCCGGCUCCACUGGAAUGUUCUGAGCUUCCAUUUCCUGUCGGCCAUGUUAGAAUAUCCCGACUAGCUCAUGCUACCAUCACCCGGCUCGUGAGGCUCUUUUAUUCUCCAAAUCACAACGCUGUGUGGUAUUAGCAUGUAGCGGUGGUGUGUUCACGUACUUAUAUUGGCUGGAGUGGGUUGGUUACCUUCUGUCAUGAGCGGCUAAUGUAGCCAGGGCGUGUUAAUGUCAGACGAGCCGAUGCUAAGUUGACGUUAGCUAACGUUAGCCUCCUCUGACAGGCCUGUUGCAUGUUGACCAGUCUACGUGCAGCCACGCAGCCGCUUGACCAUAAGCACAAAGACCAGAUCUGACCACAGCAGGAAACGAUCUGUAACGGCACUAAAAAAGUAAACAUCAGUGACGCGGAGGGGGAGAAGAUUACACACCUGUCUGAUACUGUUGCUAUGUCACACCCCCCCACUAGCAAUGGUAACAGAUACAUCAGUGGUGCAAAUGUGAAGCCGAAGUCCACCCAAAAGCUGUACACAACUGUUCCAAAAUUUAGCAGCAAAGGGUUGGACCAUAAGAAGAAUAUGGACCUUAAGAAUGACAAGGCCUUGGAUUUGAAUCAUCACGAGGGCCAACCUUUGGAUAAGAAAGACUCUUUGUUGCUUCAGAAUGGCGUUGUAAACUGUGGCUUAAUUACAAAUGGCUAUUCGACCAAGGACAAUGAUGAAAGCGGUUCAGAAGGUGGAUAUACUACUCCGAAGAAACGCAAGGCCAGAUGUAACAAUGCCAAGAACACUGAUAAUGUGAUAAAAGACGAGGAGAGAGACAUGCAGCAGGGCGACACUACGCAGGAGUCUGGGGAAUUGGAUUUCGAGACAACUGAGAAGGGAGUGACUUCUAGACUUGAUGGCUUUAGAGCCGCCCACAAAGUAGAAGCUCAGUCAGCGGCGAGACGCGCAGCUGUGUCCGAGGCUUCAGUGGGUGAAUCGCAGAGGAAAAGCUCUGAUGGCAAAACAGUCGGCACGUUUGGUAAAAAGAGUGAGGACAGGCACAAGGCCAAGCUUUCCUCACCUUCAAAAGAGGACUCCUGGACUUUAUUCAAGCCCCCUCCAGUAUUUCCUGUGGACAAUAGCAGUGCUAAAAUUGUUCCCAAGAUCAGUUAUGCAAGUAAAGUAAAAGAGAACCUCAACAAAGUAGCUCAAGGUGGAGGAGAGGCACUGCCUCCUCCCGUUAGACUAUCACAGGUCCCAAUGUCUGCUUUGAAAACUAUCACCUCAUCUAGCUUUACUAAUGGUCCUGUUUCUGGAAAUGGAAACGGCUGCCCAUCAGUGGGAACCUUCUUUGCUCCUGCUGCUAGUAGUAUCCCAUCAGCCCAAUCUAUCCCAAGUGGCGAGAAUGUAGCAUCUCCUUUAGAAAGUAACUGUAGCUCUACAACCUGUCCUGUAGAUGGAGAAGCAUAUGAGCUUAGAAAGUGUACUCUUUUAAUUUACCCUUUAAAUAUGCAACCUGUGCUCCCUAGUGCCCGGCACCUUGACCCACCGGCUGCUCAGACAAAUCAGAAAGCCUUGGGAGACAUCUUCCAGAAUCAGUGGGGGCUUUCCUUCAUCAACGAGCCCAACUUGGGGCCAGACGGAGGGAGUGGGCAGGUGCCCGCAGAGGACAAGACAACUGGGGUCACACCUCAAAUCGAGCGUCAGGCCAGUGCAGCCAAGGUUGCCCAACCCUGCUUUGACAUUAGACCAUCCUUCUUAGAGCCCGGCACUUUGACUCAAGACCCCGAGAAAAGGACUUGUGCCCCUUGCAAUAUAUCCAAUGCUUGUUUUCCUGCUUGUGUGACGAGCGACGAGGAGAACAAGUUGCAGCCAUGUGGCCAGGAAAAGACAAAACCCGAGGCCAAGGGUGCAGGUUCUGCUGCGCCAGCCCCCAGUAAAGACAAUGGUGCUAAGCCUGCACAGGGCCAGCUAACCACUUUGCUGUUUGGCUCCUCUAACGAACCGGCCCACUCUAAAGACAUUGGCAGGAGGUCCUGCUGGGGGCCCUUUGACAUUAAAGCUGCUGUCACUUAUCACACUAAAGAAAUGGAAUCCAUUUUCAACUUGCAAAAACAAGAUCCAAAAAGAGUAGUGAUUUAUGAUGAAACCAAGGAUGGACCUGGUCAGUGAGGUAGACUUUCUCUUCUGGGUGCUGCAGUUAUCUACCUUGGAAAUCAUAAAUCCUCUUGGAUAGAUAAAGUGACAACUGUGAAAACAUUGACCGUUAAGCAUGACACAUUUUCCUUGGAAUCUCGGGCGGAAAAACAGACUUCUUUCCUUUGUGGGACAGACAAACAAACAAACACACACACACAGACAGACAAACACUCUGGAGGGACGUUAAAGGAGCUGAUCGGUGCCUCUCCAACACGAUGAAUGGACACAUGCAUCUUGAAGCUGUUUGUCUCAUGGCUCUUUAAGGAAGAUGUUAAGGAGUUCAACAGAGGAAGGUGUCCAGGACAGCGCAUCCCUUAGCCUUUAUCCUGUCAAACUGCGGCAGCCGCCAGUCUGACUGUGGGAUGCCUCAGUCAUUUUAUUCUUUCUUCACGCGUUCAUAUGAGUUCAUUGUAGAUAUGUUAGAUGUUAUACAUACACAUCCGUGUGCAAGCUUGAAUUCAUUGUGAACAAAAAGGAAAACACACUUUGCAAAGAAUGCCUUGAAGUUGUGGAGCAAGAAUCGUGGGAGUCCCGUUAAACUGUAAGUUCAGUGACAGCUUGUAGGUGAGGCCCCAUCCAGGAAGGGAGAACCUUGUCUUAAAAUCCUUUUACGGGGAAGUUAAGAGCCCAGAAAAUAAACGCUUGCUCUUUUUCUUUCUUUUAUACUGUUGGGUCUGACGUAACAUGGGUGUUAUCUGCACUGCAGUGUGACCCCUGAGCACAGGUACAAAAAGUGCCCAAGUUGAAGUAAAAGUCUAGCCCCUUCAUUUCACUGUUUAAUACAGGUUUUACUAAAGAUUAAAAUAUAAACAGGUCUCCAUCGAAGACAAAACCUUUUUUUAUCUUUGCGCUUCUCGUACAUUUCAUGUAGAUUGUUAUCAGGUCAGUGCAGACUGUUCUUAAAUUCAGACUCGUAUACCUGAUUAUAUGUGCAGUCUCAGUUUAGGAAUGAACUGGGUGACGAGCUGUAAAGUGAGAGACAUUUCUUCCAACAAGGUCUCCUGCGUUUUGUGCUGUUUGUUCAGCAGCAAGACUCAGGAUAUCCAUACACAUGAUUAUUGCCUGUUUCUGUCUGGUUCAGCUCUCGUCAAAGAAACGUGUGUUGAAUUUUAUGACUAGGGAUUUUUUGUUUUGUUUCCCUUGCUCAGCGUUUUGUCUUUUACUUUUCAGUCUUAUGGCAUUGUAUUCCUUGCAUGUUUACUGGUGGAAAUGAAUGAGUCAGAGGUCACUGUUCAUCGCAACACUAAGAUUACAGUAACACAACAACAAUCGCAAUACUAAUCUAGGUUCCCCCUCGACUAGCCACUUUGUCAAACCAUUAUGAAAUGUGAAGAUACGUUAUAUACUAUUAUGUUUUACUGUAGAUAACCUUUGCAAACCAGUGUGCAAUAACCCCCAUGUGAACCAGUCAUACAAGCAAUGUGUGGUAUGGGUUGUAUGGAGCUAACAAAAAUCAUCACCCAAGAUUCUGCUGUGGCCUGCAGUUCAAAAAUGUUUAAGGUGCAUUUUCAGUUUAUUGUACUUUUUUUUUUUUUUUCUUCAAAAGAGCUCAUGUUGAAAGAUCUAAUUAUGUCUAUGGGAGCCCAAACUUGCUACCAGCUAACUAGCCAGCUGUGACAUCUCUUUCCAUCACCAUCUCCAGAUCAGGAUUGGUUUAUUCUACACAACGAAAGGAACCGUGCAGGUUUCUUAGCUCUAGAAGACAUGAUUUGGUUAAUGUGUGGAUUAAUAGCACUUUAUGUAAACUAAUUGCUUUUAUCUUUUAAUUACUAGAGAGAUCUAUAUGUACUGACAAGAAAUACUCCUUGAAAGAAUGGCUCUGGGCUGUUACCUUUAAAAAAAAAAAAAAAAAAAGUUGAUAAAUACAGAAUUAUUAAAUGUAACUCAGGUAGUGUUGAUAAAGCCAUGACUAUGUUAAAUAUUUUUUUUUUCUUUUGCCAAACGACCCGUUGUGUUAUGUUCUCAUAAUUGGAACAUGUAUGAAUUGGAGUCCGGCUAUAUAAAGUCUCAUGUGAUGUUGUGACAAAACAUCCGAAACGACCUUUCUGAGGCAAACUGGGCAUGCACGGUGCUGUCAUCGAUCAUUGUGGGCUCUAAAAAUGUUCUGUUCCCCUUUUUAAAGAAGAAAAAAUAA